CACACACUGACCCAAGAAAAUCUUUAAACUCUUUUUUUUCUCUUUUUCUUAAUUUCUUAUUUCUUUUCCAUCUUACGUCAAAUUCUAACUCACCACUUCAAUUUUUCAUUUUUAUUUUUAUUUUUUCGAUAUAAAACUCCAAUAAUAAUAUAUUAUUAUUUCCUUCUCUCACCUCUCUCUACUUAAUCCCAAUAAAUCCACAAAUAUUUGAAGCCGUUUUAAUUCCCAAUAAUUCAUUCCAUUUCAAGAAAAGGGCAACCGUUUUUUUCCCCCUCCCCACCAUGAUAGCCUUCAUAGAGCGAUUCGCCCCCGAAAACGACGUCGAUUCAUCGCCGGAGCCCGACUCCGCCGCCGACUACAGCGGCGAGGUCCUCCCCCUCUUCUCCGGCGCCGACGAUCUCGCCGACGCCGGCAAGGACUUUGGCGGCACGCAAUUCUCCAAACCCCUCGCCGUCGUCCGCCCCUCCGACGCCGCCGACGUCGCCAAGGUCGUGCGGCUGGCGGCGCGGUCGCCGCACCUCACCGUCGCCGCCCGCGGCAACGGCCACUCCGUCCACGGCCAGGCCAUGGCCCACCGCGGCCUCGUCGUCGACACCAGGUCGCUCGGCUGCGGAAUCCACGUCGACGCGGCGGCGAUGCGCGCCGACGUCGGCGGCGGCGCGCUCUGGGAGGACGUGCUCCGCCACUGCGUCGGUGCUUACGGCGUCGCGCCGCGGUCGUGGACGGAUUACUUGGGACUGACGGUCGGCGGCACGCUGUCUAACGCCGGCGUCAGCGGCCAGACGUUCGCACACGGGCCGCAGACGGAGAAUGUGACGGAGCUGGAGGUCGUCACUGGAAACGGCGACGUUCUGGUCUGCUCCGGCCGUCAGAACUCCGAGCUCUUCUUCGCCGCGCUGGGUGGACUCGGCCAGUUCGGGAUUAUAACUCGGGCCCGGGUCGUGCUCCAACCCGCACCCGACAUGGUGAGGUGGAUAAGGAUGGUGUACACCGAGUUCAGCGACUUCACUCGGGACGCCGAGUCACUCGUGACUCGGCCUGAUGGCGACUCGUUCGAUUACGUCGAAGGUUUUGUCUUUGUCAACAGCGACGACCCGGUUAACGGCUGGCCGUCGGUUCCUUUAGACCGGUACGGUUCGUUCGACUCGGCCCGCAUCUCCAGCUCAGCCGGUCCGGUUCUCUACUGCCUCGAGGUGGCCUUGCAUUACAAAAACGAGGAUUCCCCUUCCACAGUUGAUACGACAGUGGAGAGACUGAUCGAAGGGCUCAGAUUCGAGGAGGGGUUGCGGUUCGUAGCAGAUGUGGGAUACAUGGAGUUUCUGUUGCGUGUGAAGCGAGUGGAGGAAGAGGCCAAGGCGAAAGGUAUAUGGAGCGCCCCACACCCGUGGCUCAACCUAUUUGUAUCCAAAAGGGAUAUCGCCGAUUUCGAUCGCGUUGUUUUCAAGAAUAUUUUGAAGCAUGGCGUCGGUGGCCCGAUGCUCGUCUAUCCUCUGCUACGUUCCAAGUGGGAUAGUCGGAAAUCGGUGGCGUUGCCGCAGGGGGAGAUUUUUUAUCUGGUGGCGCUCCUGCGUUUCGUCUCGCCUUAUCAAAAGGGCUUAACCGUGCAUCAAAUGGUUGUACAGAAUCAAGAGAUUCUUCAGAGCUGCACCAACAAUGGGAUUGACUACAAGUUGUACCUUCCUCACUACAACUCUGUGGAGGGGUGGAAGCGUCAUUUUGGAAAUCAAUGGACCAGAUUUCAAGAGAGGAAAGCCCGGUUUGAUCCAAUGGCUAUCCUUGCUCCUGGCCAGAAAAUAUUUUCAAGAAAUUGGCAGCACUCGUGAUGUCCAUAUUUUUUUCUUUUUUUUUAAUAUAAAAAAAAUAUGUUUAAAUUCUGUAUCUCUCUCUAGUAGGUUGUAGGGGUUUUGAUUUGAAUCGAAAGAAGAAUGUAAAUGAAUUUCUCUCAAGGGAAUUUUGAUUUUUUUUUGGGUGA